UGUUAUCUGAAGUGCAGAGCAGGCCCGGUUACUGUCCAGAUAUGCACCGGACCUGAGCCACACACACAACUGUCCUGUGAAAACCUGAAAACCCAAAAGAGCUGGAAUAGAGGGAGAGAGGGAAGGAGAGAGAUGGAUACAAGUGGAUCAUAUCAUCAUGUUGGGGAGACGCGACAUCUCUCAGCGCUUAGGAUUGUGCUGCUGGGAGCAAAGGAGUGUGGGAAGAGUUCAGCAGGAAACAGCAUCCUGGGCAAACAGGCGUUUACACCGGGAAUAAAAACUACAGCGUGUCAGAAGGGGCAGGGCGAUGUAGCUGGGAGGGAGAUCACGGUGGUGGACACGCCAGGCUGGGUCAGGUAUUUUCCUGUUGAAGAUUCUGCAGAGCUGCUGAAGGAGCAGAUUGUGUGCAGUGUGUCUCUGUGCCCCCCUGGUCCCCACGCCGUCCUGCUGGUCAUUAAUCUGGACUCAUCGUUCCAAGAGAAACACAGGAGAUCAGUGCAGGGACACCUGGAGCUUCUCAGUGACACAGUGUGGAGACACACGGUGCUGCUGUUCACCUUUGGGGACACUUUAAGUGACCAGACCGUGGAGCAGCACAUCGAGAGCGAGGGACAGGCCCUCCAGGGGCUGAUACAAAAAUGUGGGAACAGGUACCAUGGCCUCAGCAACUCGGUCUCUCAGGUCCCUGAGCUGCUGGUGGUGGUAGAGGAGAUGGUGGUGGAGGAGAUGGCGGCAGGCCAGGUGUGUGGGCUAUGUGCUGGUGGUUAUUUUCACAUGGAGCCGGACAUUCUACAGGACAUGGAGAAUAAGAGAAGCAGUGCAGAAAAACGAGCCAAUCAGAGAGUAAGGAAGGUGAGGGAACGCAGAGAGACAAUCAGAGAUCUUCAGAAAGGGGGAACCUGUGGCCUCCCUGAGCUGAGAGUGGUGCUGCUGGGGUGGGUGGCCGCGGGGAAAUGCUCCACUGGAAAUAACAUCCUGGGCAGAGAGGAGUUUGGAGCUUGGAGAAGAACUGCUCAGUGCGAGAAGAAGCAAGGUAAAGUCAACGGGAGGCUGGUCACUGUGGUCAACACACCAAGCUGGUGGAAGUCUAUCCCAGCUGAGCUCACACCUGAUUGGGUAAGACAGGAAGUGGUGAAUAGUUUGACACUGUGUCACCCUGGACCCAACAUGAUUCUCCUGGUCAUUCCUGCUGACACGUCAUUUAAAGAGGAGCAAAGGAAAAUAAUACAAGACAACAUGGAGCACCUUGGAGAGAGAGUGUGGGGACACACUCUGGUGCUGUUCACCUGGGGGGAAAGCCUAGGAAACAACUCCAUCGAGCAGCACAUCGAGAGCGAAGGACAGGCCCUCCAGUGGCUUAUACAGAAAUGUGGGAACAGGUACCAUGUCCUCAGGAAUAUGACAAAGGACAGCACCCAAGUCCCAGAGCUGCUGGAGAAGAUUGAGGAGAUGGUAGCUGGUAGAAGUGUCUAUCAUCUCAUGCCUGAGACACAGAGUGAGGUGGUGGAGACGAUUGUGGAGAUGAGCAGAGAGACCAGGGCGGGUGAUCUCAGCACAGAGGAGAAGAAGGCUCUGGCGCAACGUAUCGAUGAACUCUGGAUUAGGAGAGAAGAACAACUGUUGGAGAAACUGGGUUUGAAUUUUCCUAAGGGAACAGACAGUGGGAUUGAGACCUGGCAGCAGGGCACAGGAGGUCAGCCUCCUGCUCAUUUCCAAAAACUGUUUGAAAAGGAAUGGAACAGAUGCGAGUCGUCCUUGACGAGCAGGUCUAAGAGAACGUCUAAGAGAAUGUCUGGAGGAGAAGACAAAGACGGUACAAUAGGGCUGACAGGGGGAAGAGCCACUGAAUCUUCUACGAUACAGAAACAAACCACCCAACAAAAAACAAAACACCAAACUGAUGAACCCCCUGAUUGUGCUGACGAGAGAAAAGCCAGGUGGGACUCUGCAGGGGUGGAAGAGAUGGAUCAGAAACACUCAGAUGAAGAGUCACACACUGCACCCUGGAAAACAGAGAAGGCUUGGGCUUUUCUUCAUAAUGAAAUUAAGGGCAUUUUUGAAACGGAGUGGAGCAGGAAAGAGGACACAAUCAAAGACAUUAUCAGGACUGAGAUUAAGUCCUACAUCACCCCUCCUGCUAAAGAGACCAGUAUGAGUUGCGGAAUUGACUUCGGGGGGGAACCGGACACCCCUGAUGUUGCAGUGUCAUGUAUGAAGGUGUACGACUGGCUGAGAGAAAAGCAUUCUGGGAAUUCUGCUGCUGAAUCUGGAUAUGAAACAAGUUCAGAAACAAGCAACAGAGAGAGCUCUGACAUCACAGCACCACGCCCUAUACUACAUUAACACUGACCAGUGUAAUACAGCACCACGCCCUAUACUACAUUAACACUGACCAGUGUAAUACAGCACCACGCCCUAUACUACAUUAACACUGACCAGUGUAAUACAGCAC